UAUUUUUCAACAACUGGGCAUCUUUUAAUUUGUUUACAACAUUUCGACGGAUGUUUCCAGAGAUUAAUGGUACAACCUACACAUCGUCCCUUUAAUGCAACAUUAGGAGUUCCAGUUUUUUUUUCUUCAGAUUCCUUUAACAUAUUUGCUUUUGCUAGAAAUGUCUAUUUGUCCACCUUUUCUACUGAAAAAGCUGGCCAGCUCAUUUUUGAAGCUCCAAAUAGUCUGGAAAUGACACAAGUUACUUUUUUACUCAAACUUGGUGAUUUAUAAAGAAAACUUUACGGGAAAAUGUGGCAAAGUCUGACCCUGGUGUAAGGACACGAGGAGACGGCAGACCCUCACACACACGCACGCACACACACACACAUCGUGAGCGCGCACAGAGUUGGUGAAGUUUGGCGCGCGCUGACAGCCCGUGCGUUAAACAGAAACUAUUUCUGAGCGACUGGAUAGAAUGUUAGUCUUCACGGUGAUAAGAAGACCGGCGCCUCUAAUCUGAUGUGUGACCGUGAACGGAGCUACAUUACCCUCCACCUGCCGCUGUGCUCCAGAGUUCCUCCGCAGUCGCUGUUUCCCGCUGCAGGCGCUCAACUUUCACGGGAAGGCGAAUUCUUCCAUACUUUGGCACUUUUAUUGGCACAGGACGGGGACAUCGUGUCCACAUCUGUACUCCCGGGACUUAAGUUAUAUCUUGAUCUACUUUCAGACGGGAACUGGUUAAACCAGGAAGCCGUGAGUAGGUUUUGUUUUGAGCCACCGCCGGGUAAAGAAGCGCUAUGAAGGGGCCGGUGAUCUUCCAGAUGUGGAUGCUUUUAUUAUUGACUCUGAGCAGAGUCGGGAGGGCUCAGGUCGCUACUGCUAAAGUGCUGAGAGGCACCUCCAGGAGAGAAGACUUGUACCACAAGGAGGAAAACCUCACGGUAUCACCGGCGGGUGGAGUCAUCCUCAGCCCACGCUACCCCAACGCUUAUCCACGCAACCUGCUGUUGUCAUGGAAACUGCUGUCACCACCGGGGAGUCAAAUACACCUUGAGUUUGACGGACAGUUUGGCCUGGAGGAUCCCGAAAACGGAGUGUGCAGGUACGACUACAUUGAAUUAGAGGACCAAUCAGAAACCAGCACCAUAAUCUGGGGUCGGUGGUGUGGCCAGAAAACACCGCCGAGUCUGACCUCUAAAACCAACAAGCUGCGAAUCACCUUCAAGUCUGACGACUACUUUGUGGCAAAGCCGGGAUUCAAAGCCUACUACUCCCUGGUGAUCGCCUCUUCUCUCCCUGCUUCCAACACCAACUGGGAGGCAGUCACUGCACCCAUCAUGUCGGACAUGGCUGCAAAAGGCACACCAACGACAGCGGUACCUUUGUCGCUGGAGGAUUUGGACAAAACCAUAGCUGCCUUUGACACAGUGGAACAGCUUCUCAAAUCUUUGAACCCAGAAACAUGGAGACAAGACCUGGACAGCAUCUACUCUCAGACAUACAUUUAUUAUAGAUCCAGAGCCUACCAUCUGGCCAGCAAACACAACAAAGUUGAUCUGAACCGUCUCUAUGACGACGUCAAGCGAUACAGCUGCACUCCUCGCAACUACUCCGUGAACUUGCGGGAAGAGCUGAAGGCCACCAAUGCCGUCUUCUUCCCUCGGUGCCUGUUGGUGCAACGCUGUGGAGGAAACUGUGGCUGUGGGACAAAUGACUGGAAUACUGGCUGCACAUGUCGGCCCUCGAAAACAUCAACCAAGCUACACGAGGUGCUGAAGUACGCCCCGCAGACGAGUCUGUACAAGAACCCGCUGAGGCAGCGGUUGCGCUGGGUCAUCGAUGAAAUCUUCCUUUCCCAUCAUGAAACAUGCGAGUGUUCCUGUCCCUUCCAGUCUCCUCGCUAGGACACUUUUUUGGGAGUUUUCACGUCUGGAACAGAUGGAUCGCAAUUGACCUGUUUUUGAAAAAACUGAAUGUAUCAAAGAGCACUGCUGACAAAAAUGCAGCAAAGAAGAGGUCGAUGACUGACCGAGCUUGUAUUCCACUCAAAGACAUUAAAUAUUAGAAAACCGUUUAACUUUAUUUCUGUGCGUGGGCCAUGCCACUCUUUAUGAAUGAGGAAACGCUUCCAGCCAAAGAUAUUUGCACAUGUAAACACAUGAGGUGCUAAACUAGUAAUGGAGCAUCUGCAACGCAAUCAGAUAUCGAGUCAAAAAUUGGUUUUCCUUUCAAAUCUGUAUAUUGGACUCCAUAAGUACAGUUAAAAUUAUGUUUGAGGAUUUUAUAGUGUACCAGGUGGGCUUAGUUGAUCAUCAGCCAUAUAAACUGUUUUCUUUUGAAUUCAGAGACAGUUUCUAGAAACUUUAGGCAGGAGGAGGAGGCCGAGAUGAGUAAGUGAUAGACAGAAGGAUGGAGGAAUCCAAAAUAACACAUUUUUAGAUGCAAAAUUAGGCUUAUUAAAAUUGAUCAGAUCUAAAAUACACCCCCCCCCACACACACACACACAGCAAUAUAAAGUCAAAUUCUUUAAUCGUGUCUGCAAAAGUAUUGCUUUUUUCCCAAAUUUCCAUCCAGACAUGCAUGCUCCUUCUUGUGCAUUUGUCCAACCACACACCUGAUUUCUUUGACAUGCCCUCAGUCUGUAACACACACUCUUGUAGCUCACAGACUUCAUCACUCAGCCUGUUACACAUCAAAGCGAAAAGCCAGAUCUGGCUGAAGCAAUGUGCCCGGUUUUCAGAGCGUUCCUGGCAUUCCAGUGGCUGAGCGGAAUUCUGCUGCAGCGGAUAAAACCGUGAACCUCAGACCCUCAGGUAGAGAGGCUAAGAGGAAGUUUUUAGGAAAGGUGUCUAACAAGCCACGUGUCUAUUUGUAGACUCCCAGAACUCAAGGAUGAGAAACACGUUUUAGAGCAGUGCUGUAUGUCUCUGCUGGAAAGUGACUUUCAAUGUGUGUGUGUGUCCUAGUCACCAUCCAACAACUCAGGAAGCGGUUCUUUUGUUUAGGGGGUGGAGUGUUUCCUACCAGUCUGUGAAAGCUGGCAGCAGAUGCAGGUUGGUUUGUGCGUUUGAAGGUAACUUUGUCGGGGAUUCCCUAGCAAUGGGGCAGAAAUUCUAAUAUCCUCACAAAUGAUCCAGCUGUGCAUCCAUCAUCUCUCCUUCAUCAACCCCUCAAUCCAACCGUCCAAACAAUCAAGCAGAAUUUAGGCUGAGGAAAUGGGAUUUUACUCACUGCUUUUGUUCAAAAGGACAAGGAAGGUGGAAAAAAGUAGACAUGGAAGCAAUUCAUCAGUGAAACCUAAUCAGAGCAGCAUUUAGACAUGAAUGUGGAGUCACGGCUAUUGUUCACCGGGGGG